AAAGAGGAAUUGAGGAUCAAGCUGAAACAGCUAUUGAUAAUGAAGAAGAUGAUAAUAAAAACAAUGAAAAAAGAGAUAGUAAAGAAGAUAGUGAAGAAGAUAGUAAAGACAAUGAAAAAGAUGAUAAAGAUAAUAAAACAGCCAAUAAUGAUGAUGGAAAUAAUGAUACAAAUGAAGGCCCUUUUAUGUAUAUUAAUUAUCAUAGAGAAAAUGAGGAUGCCAAUAUUAUUCAAAAUUGGA